UUAUCAUUUUUUGUCAUGCGCGCUCGGGGAUGCUACGAUAUUUCGUGCUCGUGAGUGUUUUUUGAUACAAGGUGAAUUCAAAACUUCGUGAAACGUGUAAAACUUGUGUUGCUCUGUUAAUACUAGUGUUGACUUGAGAGUGGUGUGUGUUUCUGUGUAAAAUACAUUCAAAAUGAAUAAAACUUGCGCGAGGUGUGAGAAAACAGUUUACCCGACUGAGGAGUUGAAAUGUUUGGACAAGGCGUGGCACAAAGGCUGUUUCAAAUGCCAGGAAUGCGGGAUGACACUCAACAUGAGGACGUACAAAGGAUACGGGAAACUGCCAUACUGCGAGGCACAUGUUCCAAAGGCGAAGCACACGACCAUGGCAGAAACCCCUGAACUGAAGCGGAUAGCAGAGAACACCAAGCUGCAGAGCAACGUCAAGUACCACGCGGACUUUGAGAAGAGCAAGGGGAAGUUUACACAGGUGGCAGAUGACCCCGAGACCCUCCGGAUCAAGGCGAACACCAAGAUCAUCAGCAAUGUGGCGUACCACGGGGACCUGGAGAAGAAGGCCCAGAUGGAGAAGCAGAGGCAGAUAAACGAGAACGGAGAACUAGUCGACGUACCCUCCGACAACUACCACCAGCAGCUCGAGAACUACGCAAACGAGAUGCUACCAGUCCCGCCACCCCAGAAACAACCCCAAGUCUACCAGCCACCCCCGGCGUACCAGAACCAGAAUCAAAACCAGUCCUACCAGAAUCAGAACCAGCAAUAUCAGAGUCAGAGCUACCAGAACCAGAGUAAUCACCAGCCGGUGUAUAAUCAAAAUCAGUACCGACCGCAGCCGAAAUACGAAGAGUAUCAGCAGAAAUACGACGAUUACCAAAACCAGUUCGCCUACGGACAGUAUCAGCAACCGGGGGCUAAUUAUGGGGUUGGUAGCCAGCAUAAGAUCGGUAGGAUUCAGGACUAUGAUCCGCUGGUGGACGGCCCGCGGGCCCCGCCGAAUACUCAGCGUGCGUCGGCCACGCUCAUCUAUAACAGCACCAGUGAUGGGAAGAGAGGGUCCCACCACCAGCAGCAGGCCCAGAGCACACGGCAGAUCGGUCGCGUGGCCGACUUGGACCCGCUCAGCUCCGAGCGCGCCGCCUACGCCGGUCCCGACCAGAACUACAUGCAGGUCAUGUCCAACAAGCACGAGCCCGAAGUACAGAAAGUAUACAUCGCGAUGUACGACUACGAGGCAAACGAUAGCGACGAGGUAUCCUUCCGCGAGGGAGAUCUCAUCUCCAACGUGACCGCCAUCGACGAGGGCUGGAUGACGGGCCAGGUGCUCCGCACGGGCCGCACCGGCAUGCUGCCAGCCAACUACGUAGAACGCGCACCACAAGGCACCUACACACACUAAACUUCG